CCGCAUAUGGCAAAUCUUUUUUCUUUUCCUCGUCGAAGGUAAAAUACGAUUGAUAAAAUCGGUUCAGAUGGCGGUCAACGGACGAGAAAAGAAAAUAUAAUCUCUCAAACGACUUUCAUCGCACGCACUUACACUCGUAGCAAACAAAAUCAAAACACUACCAAGAAUAAUAAACUCUAAGCUCUUUCUUGAUUGGAGAAAAGCAGUUUUGCGGUGGUUUGAAGUGGUUUUCAGGGCGGUGUCUGUAGGUUAUGGGCAGGAUGGGAGGUAAUCAAAAGAACUACUCCGCGAAUCCCAAUGACUACAAACUUCUAGAGGAAGUUGGUUACGGCGCUAGUGCUACUGUUUAUAGAGCGAUCUACCUCCCUUCUAAUGAAAUCGUAGCCGUUAAAUGCUUGGAUCUUGAUCGAUGCAAUAGUAAUCUGGAUGACAUACGACGGGAAGCCCAAACCAUGAGUUUGAUUGACCAUCCAAAUGUGAUUAGGGCAUUUUGUUCAUUUGUUGUUGACCGAAAUUUAUGGGUGGUGAUGCCGUUCAUGGAUGAGGGUUCUUGUUUGCACCUCAUGAAGAUUGCAUAUCCAGAUGGGUUUGAAGAGGCUGCUAUUAGUUCCAUUCUUAAAGAAACUCUCAAGGCUUUGGAUUACCUACAUCAACAAGGGCAUAUUCACCGAGAUGUUAAGGCUGGAAACAUACUACUGAACCGUAAUGGGAUUGUAAAGCUUGCUGACUUUGGUGUUUCAGCUUGCAUGUUUGAUACAGGUGAUAGACAACGUGCUAGAAAUACUUUUGUGGGGACUCCUUGCUGGAUGGCACCAGAAGUCUUGCAGCCGGGAAGUGGAUACAAUUCCAAGGCUGAUAUAUGGUCUUUUGGUAUAACGGCAUUGGAGCUGGCACAUGGUCAUGCUCCUUUCUCAAAAUACCCUCCCAUGAAGGUUCUCUUGAUGACCAUACAGAAUGCCCCUCCUGGACUUGAUUAUGACCGUGAUAAAAAGUUCUCUAAGUCUUUUAAAGAAAUGGUUGCAAUGUGCCUAGUAAAAGAUCAAACAAAGAGGCCGACAGCUGAGAAGUUACUAAAGCACUCCUUUUUUAAGCAUGCAAAGCCUCCAGAGCUUUCUGUGAAGAAACUAUUUGCAGACUUGCCUCCUCUUUGGAAUCGUGUGAAAGCCCUUCAGCUUAAAGAUGCUGCACAACUAGCUCUUAAGAAAAUGCCUUCGGCAGAACAGGAAGCUUUAUCGCAGAGUGAGUACCAGCGAGGUGUUAGUGCUUGGAACUUUGAUAUUGAGGAUUUAAAAGCUCAAGCAUCUCUAGUCCGAGAUGAUGAUGAUAUGCCUGAGACAAGGGAAGAAGAAGAAAGCAUGAGACAAUGUGGUAGUAAUAAGGCUGUGUCUGAUGCUCAAUCCAGUUCUAUGAAUCUGAAUUCAAAUUGUGAAAUAGAGCUAGUUGAGAGUAUCAUACAUACAGUUGAGGAUGAACUACCACAGGCUGUGAGUUUGAACAGAAAGGGCAAGUUUUUAGAAAGUGACUUGCUAGAAGCGGGUUACCUGGACAAAAUUGAUUCAAAGAGAAGUGGAUCAAGCAAUGAUGAAAAAGCAUUAACCUCAGAAAAGGAUGCUAACCAGGCCAAGACUAAAGCAGCAAAGAGCCGCCAAACUCAAAGUGGGCCUCUCGUGCCUGGUGCUGUGCUUGGUCAUUCAUUAUCUGAUAAAGGGCGCUUUCUAGAAAGGUCUGAGAAUGACAAUCAGCCAAUGGCAGAGAGAACCAUACGUGAAGUUCGAAAAGCUCCAAGCUUUAGUGGUCCCCUGAUGCUUCCAAACCGUGCUUCGGCAAACAGUUUAUCAGCUCCCAUAAAAUCUUCAGGAGGAUUUAGAGAUUCUUUGGAUGAAAAAUCAAAGACUAAUCUGGUGCAAAUCAAGGGUAGAUUUUCAGUAACAUCAGAAAAUUUAGAUCUUGUAAAGGAUAUUCCAUUAAGCACAGUUCCACGUCGAUCUUCACAGGGAUCACCGCUAAGAAAAUCUGCUAGUGUUGGCGAUUGGAUGUUCGAGCCCAAGCAAACGUCUACCAGUCAGUCUCCUAAAGAAGUUAUCAACAGCAGUCUACCUGCACCACUUCUUAUGCCUCACCUGCAGAAUCUUUUUCAGCAGACCUCUGCUCAACAGGAUCUUAUCAUCAAUCUGUUGAUGAGCUUACAACCAGCUGAAGCAGUAGAUGUGGUGCAAAACGGGAAGUUGCCACCAUUGCCCCGCAGUUCAGAGAAUAAUGGAAGUGUUGAAGCAGUUGCUUCUGAAAGGGAGCGAGUGUUAUUAGUGAAAAUCUCCGAGCUUCAAGCUAGGAUGAUCAAUUUGAAUGAGGAACUUAAUGCUGAAAGGUUGAAAUAUGUUCAAUUGCUACAGCAGCUUAAAUCCAUAACUGGUCAGGAACCAAAUGGGGAUAGGAGGGAACUGGAUGCCUGAAAGCUGAAAAUGUUCAGUAAAAUGAAGCUAUCUUGUAAUUCAGGGAAAAGCUGUACAUCAACAGAUAAGUGUUCAUCAUUCUUUAUUAGUGGCUGGAGAAGAAUCUUAUUUGGCUGUUCAAAGUGAUGGAUGGUGGCAAAGAACAGCACUUGUGUUACUGGAUCUCUUUUGCAACUGUGUGGUAUUACGGAUUUCCUUGAAGAUUGCAGUCAUAUUAACAAGAAGUAAGCGAACUUACAGUCACAUCAGUACAUGUUCUCGUUCACAGUACAUCUAGUUGAAGUAGAAUUAAGGUUCUCCUGCGCUCCCAAAAUUGGCAAUUUUAUAGCCGGCACUGCAGCAAUUGCCAUGAGACAGUAGCAUGCAUGGAGUGUUCAUAUCUACAUAUUUUUCAUCAUUAGUAUAUCCUAUUCUGUCUGUGCAUAGUCACCUGAUCUUGUAUAUGUUGUUGGUGGACUAAUCUGUUUCUUCUUCUAUUUAUUUAUGAAAAUGCUCAAGUUAUAAUUUCUAAACAGUCAAUAAUUUGGAAUUUUGUACGUAUUUGAGAAUGGAAAUAAACGAAGGCACAAGCCUCUAAUUUCA